AUGGAGGAGCUAGACGCUCCACCCUCCGUAGAUGAACUGAGCAAGGCUAUCGACUCCCUAGCCUGCGGCAAAGCUCCAGGAAAAGAUGGCAUCCCACCUGAAGUCAUCAAGGUGGGAAAGAAGACUGCUCUCCUUCACCAUCUGCACCAGCUGCUGCAGCAGUGCUGGGAAGAAGGAACAGUGCCCCAAGAGAUGCAUCCAGAGAAAUGCCGCGAACAGAGGCGACCGCUUUACAUCGCAUUAUUGGACCUAACCAAGGCCUUCGACCUCGUCAGCAGGAACGGCCUUUUCACUCUGCUGCAGAAGAUUGGGAUGCCCCCCCAAGCUCCUGAGGAUGAUAACAUCUUUCAUGAAGACAUGCAGGGCACUGUACAGUAUGAUGGUUUCCUCCUCGGACCCAUUUCCAAUCAAGAGCGGGGUGAAACAAGGGUGCGUACUCGCUCCGACACUCUUUGGAAUCUUCUCUCUUUGCUGCUGUCCUACGCCUUCAGCCAGUCAGAGGACGGAGUGUACAUUCACACCAGAAGCGACGGCAGCCUCUUCAAACUUGCCCGCCUCCGAGCUAAGACCAAAGUGAGGCAGGUACUCAUACGAGAGAUGCUCUUCGCUGAUGAUGCAGCACUGACGGCACACUCUGAAGAAGCAUUGCAGCGACUCAUCAACUGCUUCGCGCAUGCAUGCAGAGUCGUCGAGGACUUUGCGUACCUAGGCUCCACCAUCGCCAGCAACCUCUCCCUGGACGCCGAACUCAACAAGCGCAUCGGCAAGGCGGGAACUGCCACGGCUCGCUUGGCAAAGAGGGUCUGGAACAACAAGAAGCUGACCACCAACACCAAGAUGAAGGUGUACCAGGCCUGCGUGCUCAGCACGCUGCUCUACGGCAGCGAGUCUUGGACCCUCUACUCCCGCCAAGAGAGGAUCCUGGGAAUCACCUGGCAGGACCGUGUCCCAAACAAGAACGUCCUUGAUCAAGAAGGCAUCCCGAGCAUGUUCGUCCUGCUCACCCAGCGUCGGCUCCGGUGGCUUGGCCAUGUCAGGAGAAUGGACGAUGGGAGGAUCCCCAAAGAUAUUCUGUUUGGCGAGCUCGCCACUGGCUCCAGACCUACAGGAAGACCUCUCCUACGCUUCAAGGAUGUCUGUAAGCGAGACAUGAGGGCAGGUGACAUCGACCCAGCAGGCUGGGAGUCAGUGGCUGAAGACCGCAGUAGCUGGAGAAGUGCUGUGAAAGCCUGCACAAUAAGGA